UCGUGAAUGUCCGUGAACUCUGAUGGGUUGCUGUUAGGAGGCGAACUAAAUGGCGAUUGUUUUGUUUGUCGGUACGUGUUUGUCCUCGUCUUGAUAAUAGAUAGAUUAUCGGGUGCCACCGAGUGUGUCGCGGAUUCCAGUGUUUGCGAUUUAAUCAGUGCUCUGUAGUGGUGACUAGCUUGCAUCGAACGAGUACGGAAAAUUUCCGGCCCAAAUUAAGUGCCAAUUUUUCCUUUGCAUUCUGGUGCGCGAAGGGGGUGGCACAAUCAAGUUUCAAACACUGAAACUGGUGAAUGCAUUAGUAUUGCACAUAUUAGUAUACGUAGCUAUCAAACUAAGGCUGGGCUGGUAUGACAUUUUACAUGUACUGGCGGAAUAGAUAAACACACCAGCAGCCUAGGAAAGAGGAAAACAACCCCCUAUGAUCGAUUGCUGCGGCGACGACGACGAAAGCGGAGCGGAACGGAAUUACAUCUAUCUUGACCCGAUCGGGUGCGAUUAAAUGUAACGCAAAACGCAAGUGCUGCUGAAAGUUUGUUUUGACGAUGUUUGUUGGUUAGUGGAGAUUUGCAAUUUUCCGGAUGAUUCGGUGUUCUGUAGUGCCUCAUAUUCCUGAAUCUGUUCCCUGGUUUGUGCUAGUGUUGGUGUGAUUAUUGUGCAAGGUUUUCCAGAUACUUAAGCCGUAGAAAAAGUUGGUCCACUGGUUCAAGGCGUUGGAAAAUUCCUAUGCAAAUUAUACCUGAGCAAGGAGGAUGGCGAUGCAAUGUUUGGAUUGAAACAUGUUUAUGAUAAUAGUUUUACAUAAUGUUGUUUUAUUUUCGGUGAUUGGAUUAUUGUAACAGUGUACUAGUGUGAGUAGCACCGGUUUGUGAUAGCGGUUGCUGUGUUACUAUUACGAACCAAUUAUUGUUCAAAGUACGUAAACAAUGCAUAGUUUUACGCAUCGUAUAUAGACUACCAGAGCUCGACGGUAUCGGGUGGUGUUUCGGUAGUGGCGCAGAAGUAGGCUGACCUUCUUGGCAGUGGUCAUCGCACACAAACAUCUGUUUUUUUUCACCGCUGCUUUGGCAAAUGAUAUAAAAAUAGAGCGCCACAGAGCUGGUUCCAAUUGACAAACAUCGUUGCAUUGAUUCCGCCAGCAGACGGCAUCAUUCCAGGGGGUACAGAAGACAACGAAGCGGUGUUGCCACCGCCUCCAGUAUUCAACAAUGAAGGAAGAACCGAACAUCAAAUCUUCGGCGGCUGCCGUCCCGGAAGGGAACGCUCCACCCCCGAGGCAUAUCGAGGCACCCCAUCAUCAACGUCAACCACGCACAAUCUCGACCACCAGCUAUGACUCGGAGAGCGAUGAUAAUACGCAGCAAGGCUCCUCGUCCUCCGGUAAUGGCAGAAAGGACUCCGACGGGGAGCGGACGGAUGCCGGCGGGAGUACCGGUGCUUCCAAAUACGACUACGAUGACUCCAAAGCUGCUUGUAAAAUCCUGAAUGGCCGUGAGGCGAGAAAUCGGGCGGAGAAAAAUCGCCGGGACAAAUUGAAUGGAUCGAUCCAGGAGCUCUCUGGCAUCGUGCCCCACGUGGCGGAAUCACCCCGGCGGGUUGACAAAACGGCUGUGCUGCGCUUUUCCGCCCACGCUCUUCGGGUGGACUAUGUGUUUGGUAAAUCGCAGCCAGAGCCGGUGAAAGCAGUGAAGCCCGAAGUGCAGGACAGCCUAUUUCGCAUGCUGAAUGGGUUUCUGUUAACGGUGACCUGUAGAGGACAGAUCGUACUGGUAUCUGCUUCGGUCGAACAGUUUUUGGGACACUGUCAGACCGAUCUUUAUGGGCAGAACCUGUUCAAUCUGAUCCACCCGGACGAUCAUAAUUUGCUCAAGCAACAGCUGGUCCCCAGUAACCUAGUCAAUUUGUUCGAAUCCCCGGCAACGACAUCAGCAGCACCCGCAGCACGGCCAGCCACACCAGCCGAUGGCAGCGAGGAACUGCACCGGAGAUCGCAGGAAGAGGAGGAGGAAAUCGAUCGCAAGCUGAGACAAGAUCGCAGGAAGUUUUCGAUCAGGAUCGCCCGUGCGGGCCCCCGAUCGGAGCCAACGGCAUACGAGCUAGUCACGAUCGAUGGGUGCUUUCGGCGAGCAGAUGCCGCGCCUCGUGGAACCAAACCGAGCGGACCUUCCGGCCUUCAGUUGUUAAGGAGGGCACGAGGUCGCGACGACGGGAUUGCACUUCAUAGCAUUAACGGGAAUGAUAUUGUUCUAGUGGCCAUGGCACGUGUCAUGAAGGUGCCAACCAUCUGUGAUCGACUGAUAGAGGCUUGCAAAUACGAGUACAAAACGCGCCAUCUUAUCGAUGGAAGAAUAGUGCAGUGUGACCAUCGAAUAUCGGUGGUAGCGGGUUAUAUGACCAACGAAGUGUCCGGCCUGUCGCCGUUUACUUUCAUGCACAAGGACGAUGUGCGGUGGGUCAUCGUGGCCCUUCGGCAAAUGUACGAUUACAACCAGAAGGAUGGCGAAUCAUGCUACCGGCUAAUGACCAGAACGGGUGAUUUUGUCUAUCUUAAAACGCGUGGCUAUCUUGAGGUUGACGACACGACCAAGGUAGUUCAGUCGUUCGUUUGCAUUAAUACACUCGUAUCAGAUGAGGAAGGCCGCCGGCUGGUUCGCGAGAUGAAGCGAAAGUUCUCGGUCAUCGUCGAUCAGGAAGAACUCCCGGAUGAAAGUGAUGAACCUUCGGUGGAAAAUCCACAACAAAUUGAACGUGCGGUGAUGAACUUAAUCACAAAUCUACAUGCGGUAGACGAAGACCCAGCUGACGGAUCGCAUUUGUUGUUCCCUCAGUCGCCGAUCACGGAUGCUUCUAGUAAAACUUCACUGGCCAUCAUUGCGCCUAAACCAAGAGAGGUCAGGUCGGCAAUUGUCAAAAGUAUGAAUGUUAUUGCGAUUGCCUCCAAGAAAAUGAGCGAAAAUGGCAACAAUUCGCCUGCGCGCGACGAGUCCGGCGCCAAUAGGAAGGGUCGAGAAGACUCAAAAAACAUCACAAGUGCCGAAACGCAACGUCCAUCCGUGCUGCAUAAAGUACAGAAUCAAAGCCCCGUCCCGGAAUCCCGCGUGCCACCGUUGCCAAACUCGGAACAUUACUUCACGCAGCCUUUCUCGCCAGCCAGUACCACCAGCUGUAGCAGCAGCAGCAGCAGUAGCAGUAGCAGUUGCAGUAAUUCCGUUCUCUCCCCCGCAUCACAGCAACAGUUCCAGCGGAACAGUCGAAGUCCAUUUGGAGGAAGUGUUCCACCUGCCUCCCCACCCGCCAUCGCAACCACCUCGGCAUCGUACUCGCGAAUAGCGCAUGUAGACAACACCGCAAGUGGCCAUACCCGAACCACCAGUGUGCUGAAGAGAACAUACAGCAACAGCAGCAUAUGCAGCAGUUAUGAUGACGGUGCUGGAAACACGGUCGAGUACGUUGAGCUGAAACGGUGUAAAGCUAGUCCUUCGGAUCUGAGUGCCUGUCUGAGUAAUUUGGUUAAUCCGGCGUCAGAUCUCACAACUAUGUUACCCAACGCACUGGAUGCGGUGGACCAGUCGCUACUGAGAAUGGAAAGUACGACUGCGAUUAUGCGCGAGCAAGUUAGUGAAUACGAAAGCCUGCAGCGCUCCCAGCAGAGACUUGAUCGGAUAGUGGAAGAACAGCAAGAGCAACGUGAAAUACUUCAGUCAAUUCAGCAAGAGUACACCUAUCAGAUCCAGUCGCACGGUGGUACAAACGGAAGUCCUCGCCGCGGUGAUACCGAGCGUGAUCCCAGCAUCAUCGAAGUCCCACAAGGAGCAGGCGCCGCAGUGAUGGUGAGAGCAGCCGACCUGGUACCGACCAUAGGCGCCGGCGCUAACCGGAACGGAGGGGAAUUCUUCAGCCCGGUUAACUCACCGGUAGAAGCGUUGAUUUGUCCCACAACGACACCGUCGGUUAUAACGACCGCCGGUCGUUCGAUGGCCGGUGGACUGUUCGGGCGGGGCGCUGAUUUGAAUUCAAGUUAAUGCGGGACCAUGCGAUGACGACGGACCAUUGAAAGAGCUUAUUUUGUUCCGUAGUGCCCGUCAGUAAUCCUGUGCAAUUUGUUUAGGCUGAGUGAACGGCACGACGGUCGGUUGGUUACCAAUGUUUAACGAAUGUCCUAAGUCCAAAACAUACAAAGAAAACACUAAAUUACGCGAGAUGUGUACAGUUUGUAUCAGGUGUAUGUACUAUGAUGAUUAGCGAAAAUGUGAGUGAUAUGAGUUUUUUCACAUUGAAAUUGAUAGUAUUGUUCCCAUCCAUGCAAUUUUCCAAGCUAGAGAAAAUUGACUAUAAUACAAGAUUAUAGCAAAUUACUGUAGUGAAGAGAGUCUUGAUAAACCAAUGGUACUGGACUUUAUAUAUAUACAUAGAUAGACAUAGAUUUGUUGCUAGUUUUUAAAAGUGUUUAAUUCUGAUUCAGAUUUUUUAAGAUUCCUAAUUUCAUAGCUUUAAUCCGAUAACACUCAGCGUGUCGACAAGAUACGAGAAACAAAGUCGACCUUUGCGUCGACCGGUCGUGUGGCCUUUCUUUACUGCGAGAGGGGCGAGCUUGUUUAAUUCGUGCAAUCCUAGCAAAUAAAGCACACAGAUGUUGUUUUCUUUUUAAUACCCAUUUUUGGAAUAGAAGACCCACUAUAUCUAUAUUAGACAAUUUUUUACCCAGGUGUGAACUGACGUCUAGAUGAGCUAAAUGAUAGAGUAUGUUACCUUUAUUUUACCAGGAAUGUAAAUGCGAUGUUAUCAAACAAAAUCAUUGAUUUAUAUUAACUAAAUAAAAACUACACAUACACACAUUCAACCAUUUCUGAAGCGAGAGCGGAUGGAUCAUAUGAACUUGUCUGUAUUGUUUAAUUUAGUGUUUAAGACUACACAAACUCAAAACACGUGGUGUAAUAUCUAAUGAAAUGAAAAUGAAAUCAUUGGUGGCAUGUAA